CUGACCUAGAAAUUGAGAGGCGACGAUAUAAGAUGGAGAUUUUUCGCGCCUACCUAGAUACAACCCGACAGCAUUGUAACAGCUCAAAAUCAAGACGUCUCCAUCAUGGCCCCAAAUUUGAUAGAAGAUGCGACCACAAAACUCAAAGUCUACUUGGACAAAGCCACAACCGGCGACAUCCCUAUUCUACCAGGUGCAAUCCUCCACGUCGUCGAUGCGAGCAACAAUACCGUCUUCACACAUGCGUCGGGUGGCCCAGCACGUCUUUCCGAAUCCACACUCACGAUGAUACAUUCUUGUACUAAGAUUGUGGGAGCUAUAGCAUUCAUGCAACUCGUUGACCGCGGUCUCAUCUCUCUGGACGAUGCCUCUCUCAUCUCAGACCACCUCCCCGAGCUAGCCUCCAAAAAGGUCUUGACCAGGGUUUCAGACGAUGACAAGAAGACGCCUAUACUCGUUCCCAUGGAAACUCAGAUCACACCCCGGAUGCUGAUGAACCACACAAACGGAACGGGGCAUACGUACUUUAAUCAAAUGAUGCGCGAGUACCUCGCGGAGGGAUGGGAGACGAGGAACGAAGUCGCAGACCCGCACCAAACAGUGUUGGAUGCACCUCUCCUCUGGCAACCAGGGACACACACCAACUACGCACAGGGCUUCGACUGGCUCGCCGUGCUAGUCGAGCGCAUCACAAGAACCGACCUAGCCACCUACCUCCAGGAACACAUCUUCGCCCCACUAGGCAUAACCGACAUCGCCUUCGAAGAAUCCUACGGCGGUGAUGCCACCACGAAAGACGGUAGUAAAGGCCGCUUCUGGCCCCGCAGCCUCAAGCAGCCCGACGGCACAUUCAUCCCCAUCGACCUGCCCACCAUCGUAAAAGUGCCCCGCGCAGAAGCAUAUCCCGCCGGGAAAUACCACGCCUACCCCCUGGGUACCGGCCUCGUCGCCAGCGCAGCAUCUUACGCGCGCCUCCUCACCAUCUUCCUCAACGCCGGCCGCGAUCCCCUUACCGGGCACGUCGUCCUCUCCCCAGCCUCAACCGCCGAGAUUACCAAGCCGCAGCUCCCACCUCACCUACGGAAUGACAGCCGCGUUGUGCCGUCCGCCCUGGACAUGCUUUGCAAGCCAGCAGUGCUAGAUGCUCAGUAUAUGGAUCCGGAGGGCUCGUUUGGGCUUGGGUGCGGAGUGCAGGGUGCGGAGCGGACGCUUGCUGAUGGGAGGAGGGGUAGGGGGAAGGGCAGUGUCUACUGGUAUUCUGCGGCGAAUAUGGAUUUUUGGGUGGAUAAGGAGAGGGGCGUGGUGGUUGUUGUGAAUGGCAAUUUCUUUCCGUGGAAUGACGUAGCGUGGAUAGAGUUGGUGGCGGGGAUUGAGGGGGUGUUGUACGAGGGGUUGGAGGACUAGCGUUGCCUGUGCGGAAAGACGGGCCUGGGGGUGUCGGAGUCUUGGUGGGUGUUCUCAUUCCCAUAGCCUCUUUCUGCCGUUUAUACACGAUUCGCACGAUACUACCACC